AUGCCUCACUGGAUCAUCUACCACCCUCCCGACACAUUCCUCGAUGUCGAGACCAAACAAGCACUAUCCAACGACAUCACAUCCAUCUACACACGCCCCGAAAUCGGCAUGCCGGCUUUUUACGUCGUCGUGACUUUUAUCCCCAUUCCCGACGAGAGCCAAUUCGUCGGGGGAGAAGUCGCUCGCUCGCGACGAGGAGAGGGAAAACCUUUUAUCCGAUUGUGCAUCACUCAUAUCCACAUUCGGCUUCCGGAGAAUGAUGAACAGGUAUACGCGGAUAUGACGGGUCGUGUGGAUGCUGUAUUGAAGCCAUAUAUUGCUGAUAAAGGAUAUGAUUGGGAGUACCAUAUUGCUGAAACGGAGAGACUUUUGUGGAAAUUGAAUGGCGUGUAUGCUCCGGAAUGGAAAAGUGCGGACGAAAAGGUGUGGGUGGCUGCGAAUCAGGUGGUGCGGCCAGAGGAGAUGGAGGGCGCGAGGAAGAGGUUGGGCUGA